UAGCUCUCCCCCUGGUGUGGUGUAGCCACGUAGCUCUGCCCUGGUGUGGUGUAGCCACGUAGCUCUGCCCUGGUGUGGUGUAGCCACAUAGCUCUGCCCUGGUGUGGUGUAGCCACAUAGCUCUGCCCUGGUGUGGUGUAGCUACAAUACUCUGCCCUGGAGUUAGGCACACACGUCUACCUUCAAGGUUGGGAAACUCUUGUUUCCUUACAUUUAUCCUCCCACACUUUUGCAUUAUUACAAGCAGGGAUACUUGGAGGCUAAGCUGUAUACAGUUAACACUCUAGUAGCCCUUAAUUACAACACCACCACCUCUGUCAUGAUCUCUGAUGACUGGUAACUUCUACUUCCAUAUAUCUAGUUUCCAGAAUACUGAAGAUGGCAUUACCAACAGAAACUGCCUCAACCUCAAGCUGGCCUCUGCCGCCCACACAGUAUAUUAAUCUAUAUACAGAUGAAAAUAUACGGAGAGGAAGAGCCCCAAAGCCACCACUUCCCAUACACAAUGACUAUACAAUGUUUGGUGUCCAUUUUAAUGCUGAUGACACCAUUAUUAGACCUCUUGAGUCUCAGGCAAUUCGUCGGCUCUACCCACAAAACUUUGAUCAUCGUAGGGAGCUUAAGAAGCUUAACCACUCCAUUCUGGUUAACUUUCUGGAUCUUCUAGACAUUCUUAUAAAAUGUCCUGAUUCUACAAAACGUACAGACAAAAUUGAGGAUAUCAACAUUCUUUUCAUCAACAUGCAUCACUUAAUUAAUGAAUUCCGACCACAUCAAGCACGUGAGACUGUUCGAGUGAUGCUUGAGAUGCAGAAACGGCAGAGACAUCAGGUCGCAGAACGGUUAGAAAGACAAGAAGAUGAAGUGAGUAGACUUGUUAGGGAAGCUUUGUCAUCCUUGCCUGAUAACUUAGACCUUGAUUCAAAACUACUUGUGCCUUCCCUCGAGGAGCUUCAGUUAAGGCCAAAGAAUGAUACCAGCAGUGCUUCUGAAGAUAAGUGCUCAAGCUUGGAUAGACUUAUGUGCAAUAUUGUUGAUGCAUUGUAGGAAAAUGCAGAUUAUAUAUAUUUAUAAAUUAUUCUAUAAUGUGUUAUUUUGAGGUAGAAUUAUGUUAAGUGCCACAAAUCUAAUAAAAAGUGAUUUUGAGCUAAGUGAUACAUUUCAUGACUAAAUGUUUUUUGCAAGGUAAUGUGAAAAUUUCAUACAGGAGUUUUGUAACUUUUAUAUGUGUAUAUUUCAUGUUUAUUGUGAAAAAAUUGUAUGUGGUUUAGUGAAGCAAAUAUUAUAACAAGCAUUCUUCUAUGACUCUUUCAUUUUUUUUUUUUUUUUUUUUGAGAAAUGCUGUUCUCAUAAGAGCAAUAUCAUUGAUUCUAUAGAUUUUGUAGCACACAGGUUUUACUGGAAGAUUGUAUUUUUUUUUAUACCACAUAUGACAUAUGUAAGUUGUUGUAAUCAAAAGUCCUUUGUUGGCAGUAUUUCUUUUUCGAGUUUGUUUAUCUUUAUCUAUUUACAGCAAUAAUAUGCAGUUAGUGUGAUCAAGCUAAUCUAUAUAUUCUUUAUAAAAUUGAUGAAUAGUAUGUUUGUAAUUCUUGCUAAUAAUAUUUUGAUCAGUUUUAGGAGUUUCUUUGGAUAUCUCAUGACCAGUUUAAUUAUCCAAGCUUAUUAUUAUUAUUAUUCCUGCAACAUUUAUUAUUUAAGGCAAAAUAUUUACAUAAAGGAAAAGAAGAUUCAUGUAGACUUGAGCCAGCUGUAAUAAAUAAGAAAAUUUUCCUAAAAUCAUGCUACUUUGUGAUUUUUUUCAACAAGACAGUUUCUUGAGAGGGUGUAAGAACUUGGUACAUACAGUACAAUAGAUGUUAUUGAAUACAGAAUAAGUAUACAUAUAUAAAAUAUGAAAUUUAAAA